AUGGCUUCUGCUAGUCUUGUUUCUGGUUCCAAUGGCUCUGCCCGAGUGUCUCUUGGGUUGGCAAGGGCAGCGGCUUUGCAGGACGACCAUUGGUAUAUGGUGGGUCAUUUGCUUAGACCUAAAACCAGGUUCCUGAGAUUCAAGAGCACAAUCCCAUCCAUUUGGCAUCUCAAAUUUGGUCUUUCAAUCCAAGAUGCCGGCGAUCGCUUUCUCUUCCAGUUUGACCGUGAAGCUGACCGGAAUCGUGCUCUUCAUGGUGGUCCCUGGUUCUAUAGGAACACCAUGCUCUUGUUAGGUGAAUAUGAUGGGAUGGGCUCGGUGGAGGCAGUCCCAUUGUGGGGUAUGGAGAUCUGGGUAGCGGUAAGAGGGUUACCGGUUGCCAUUCGGAAUAAAACCGCUCUAACACUUAUUGGCUCAACUAUUGGUCAAGUGAUUCGUUUUGAUCAAUCGGCUCUUCGUUGUAAGGAGGAGGAGCAAAGAAUCCGUCUGAUUUUGGAUACUCAUCGCCGAGUUUGUACAUGGAUGUUGUUUGAAUUUUCUCCCACAGUUGAACCUGAGAUUACUUUGCUUUAUGAGAAGGUGAAGGGCUUUUGCAGAGACUGUGGCCUGUUUGAACAAGAUGCUUUGGGUUGUGAUGGUUUUCUGAUGAAAGAAAAGGAGGAACUAUUGUAG